CUUCGCUCGAAAUUGGGCUGCAUUUGGUCACCGUGAAUUUCGUCUCUUUCUUCGUUCUCUCUCUCUCUCUCGAAGAGAACUCGUUCUUCUCAGAUUCAGAUCUGAAACCCCAUUCGAGAGAGAAGAAAAACGAUUUUCUGAGAAACAAUGGCGACGGUGUCCCCUCUCGCCAAAUACAAGCUCGUUUUCCUCGGCGAUCAAUCGGUUGGCAAAACCAGCAUCAUCACCCGCUUCAUGUACGACAAAUUCGACACAACCUAUCAGGCUACUAUUGGUAUUGACUUUUUGUCAAAGACAAUGUACCUUGAAGAUAGAACUGUUCGCUUGCAGCUUUGGGAUACUGCAGGGCAAGAAAGAUUUAGAAGUCUCAUUCCAAGCUACAUAAGAGAUUCUUCUGUUGCAGUUAUUGUAUAUGAUGUAGCUAACAGGCAAUCAUUUCUGAACACUAACAAGUGGGUUGAGGAGGUACGUACAGAGCGCGGCAGUGACGUUAUUAUUGUCUUGGUUGGAAACAAAACUGAUCUUGUUGAUAAAAGGCAAGUUUCUAUAGAGGAAGGAGAUGCCAAGUCUCGUGAGUUUGGAAUCAUGUUCAUAGAAACCAGUGCAAAAGCAGGCUUCAAUAUCAAGCCUUUGUUUCGUAAAAUUGCUGCUGCGUUGCCUGGAAUGGAAACACUUUCUUCUACAAAACAGGAAGACAUGGUCGACGUAAAUUUAAAACCGACGGUGAAUUCAUCCCAGACAGAGCAGCAAGGAGGAGGUUGCUCAUGCUAGAGAAGAUUAUAUUGAAAGAGCCAAUAGAUCUCUGUUUACUGAGUAUAAUACUAAAUGACUGUUUAAAUGGAAAGAUGAAGCUGGAGGAAGCGCGCUUUCAUAUCAAUGAUCCUUUAUUUUAUUUUUGGGGAGGGGGACAAAUUGCAGUGAUGGUUUUGUUGAUGUACUGCAUAAAAAUUGAUAGUUAUUUUUUAUUUGUUAUACAGUUAGUCCCUUCAUGUAAGAAUACAGGUAAUAACAAGCCUGCGUUCUAAAUUGUUUGUCUUAGGUGUAUGUUAUCCUUGAAAAAAUGCAUAUGAACGGACAAGGCUAGCAAUAUAUAUAGCUCUCAACUCUGCCUCUUACUUUUGGGGCACCCAUGGUCCUAUCUUUAAGUAGAAUUGCUUUCUAUGUAGGGUGACCGUGAAAUUUCAUAACAUUCUUCUCAACUACAAUUCGUCCUAUCUUAACCUUUUGUCGA